CAAUCUGUUUCCAAUAAACAACCGGACUGUUUUCGUUUCUCUAGGUUUCUCUUGUCAGAGAUAACCACAUCUCACAAGCAUCUUCUUUUACAGGAUACGUUUCCUGGGUUUUAAUCAAUCUCACUAGUGAGUUAAAUUUGUUGUCUUUGAAUCGAUUGCAUUCCAUUGCUACCUUUGUUCUGCCCUGCGAGUCCUGUUCUUUUACUGGUCAGAUCUGCAUGUUAGUAAGAUAUGUUCUGGAGAUUGUUUGAUUCAAUAAAGACUUGGACAUGGGUUUUCUAAAUCAUUCUUUGUUCAGAGUUCCCACGGUAAUGAACGAGGAAAUGCAAAUACCCAGAUGGGUUUGAUGAAGGUAACUUGAUUUUCUGCUGCACUCUCGAGACACCUAGUUGUUCUAUGCAUUUUCUUAUGCAUCCUAGUUAGAUUUCAAGGAUAUGAAGUAGUUAUUGUGAUUUGGGAACCGCAGUUCUGUGCUCUUUGUGUAGAUUGUAUGUCCUUGAACCUCGGGUGAUUGUAGUUACUCCAUUAAAAUCUUUCCCUCUACCCUUGAAAAGAGUAUAAUAUUUUUUAGGAAGAACGGUAAUGGAGGUCCGAGUCUUGGGUCUAAUGUCUCUGGUAAUAAUCUGUGUCUUUUUUGAGACUGGAGAAGCUCAAUCCAAGUCUGUCCUGAUAAAUUGUGGCACGAAUUCUAGCGUUAAUGUGGAUGGCAGGAGAUGGGUUGGUGAUUUGGUCCCUGAUAGCAACCUCACCCUCAGUUCUCCAGGCAUUCCUGCAUCCACCGGCAGUUCAACUUUUGGACCACUGUACAGAACUGCUCGGUUUUUCACUGAUGGUUUAAAUUAUACAUUUGAAGGAAUUCGGGGCAACUAUUUUGUUAGGCUCCAUUUCUGUCCCUUCUCCUCUGAGACUUAUAAUGUGAAUGAGUCUUCGUUCAGUAUCGUGGCAAAUGGAUUGAAAUUGGUGUCAGAAUUCAAUGUUCCUGGGGAGAUAUCACACAAGAAUUCGUACUUGCAGAGUUCUGGAAGUAAUUCAAGUUCGUUCUUUUUUAUUAAAGAGUACAUUUUACCUAUCAAUAUGGAUGUUCUCGUAAUAGAGUUCGUUCCAACCAAUGGAUCAUUCGGGUUCAUAAAUGCCAUUGAGAUUGUCCCUGUGGUGAAUAAGCUUUUUUCAGACCCAGUCAGUAAAGUGGGUGGAAAUGGUGCUAGUCUGAAUUUGACUGGAAGGGGCAUCCAAACUAUGUAUAGGUUGAAUGUUGGAGGCCCUGAGAUUAAAUCCAAUCAAGAUUCAGAUCUUUGGAGAACAUGGGAAGUGGAUUCCAGCUACAUGAUUACAGCAGAUGCUGGUUCAGAGAUAGAAAACAGUUCAAGUAUCACCUAUGCUUCACGGAAUGAUUCCUCAGUGGCUCCUUUUCUUGUUUAUGAAACAGCAAGAAUAAUGUCCAACACUGAAGUCUUGGAGAAAAGGUUCAAUAUGUCAUGGAAAUUUGAAGUCGAUCCCGAUUUCGAUUAUUUGAUCAGACUACAUUUCUGUGAGCUGAUUUAUGAUUCAGCAAACCAGCGGAUGUUCAGAAUCUACAUAAAUAACAGGACUGCGGCAGACAAUUUCGAUGUUUUUGUGCGAGCAGGAGGGAAGAAUAGAGCAUAUCAUCAUGAUUACAUUGAUGCUGUGUCAUCCAAAACUUGUACACUUUGGAUUCAACUCGGUCCUGACACAGCAGCUAGUGCUACAGGAACUGAUGCUCUCUUGAACGGGCUGGAGAUUUUCAAGCUGAGCCGAAAUGCAAAUCUUGCCUAUGUAGAGUCGUAUGAUUCUGCUGGGAAGUCAGUGCACAAUUCAAAAAAUAGAAUUCUUUGGGUGGGAAUCGGAGCAGGUGGAGCUUCUGUUGUUAUUCCUGCGGUGUUAAUUGCUUUUGUCUAUUAUUUCUGCAGAAGCCAGAGAAACAAAAUGGCCGAUACCAAAAGCAACUCUCCUGGUUGGCGGCCACUUCACUUGUCUAUUUUAAACAGCAUUGCUAAUGGCAGGGGUUCAGCUGGAAGCCAAAACCCAUACGGGUCAAUGGCGCCUACUAGGGUUGGCAAGAGGUUUACAUUAGCAGAGAUUCGUGCAGCUACAGAUAACUUCGAUGAAAAUUUAGUAAUUGGAGUUGGAGGAUUUGGUAAGGUGUACAAAGGAGAGAUUGAAAAUGGCACCCUUGCAGCAAUUAAGCGAGCAAACCCACAAUCUGAGCAAGGGCUUGCUGAAUUCGAAACGGAGAUUGAGAUGCUUUCAAAGCUCAGGCAUAGGCAUUUAGUCUCCAUGAUUGGGUUUUGUGAAGAACAAAAUGAGAUGAUUUUGGUUUACGAGUAUAUGUCGAAUGGGACACUCAGAAGUCACCUCUUUGGGAAUGACCUCCCAACACUGAGUUGGAAGCAGCGAUUAGAAGCAUGCAUCGGUGCUGCACGGGGACUUCAUUACCUUCAUACAGGAGCAGAGCGUGGAAUAAUCCACAGGGAUGUUAAGACAACCAACAUACUUUUAGAUGAAAACUUUAUAGCAAAAAUGUCAGAUUUUGGGCUGUCAAAAAAUGGUCCUGCUUUGGACCACACCCAUGUUAGUACUGCAGUCAAAGGAAGCUUUGGAUAUUUGGACCCUGAGUACUUCAGACGACAGCAUUUGACUGAGAAAUCUGAUGUUUACUCAUUUGGAGUAGUAUUGUUUGAAGUUGUUUGUGCCCGGGCUGUUAUAAAUCCAAGCUUGCCUAAAGAUCAGAUCAAUCUCGCUGAGUGGGCAAUGAGGUGGCAACGACAGAGAUCACUAGAAACCAUUAUUGACCCACAACUGAAUGGAAAUUAUUGUCCAGAUUCCAUGAAGAAGCUUGGGGAGAUAGCAGAAAAAUGUCUUGCCGAUGAGGGAAAGAACCGGCCAACAAUGGGGGAAGUUUUAUGGCACUUGGAGUAUGUCUUGCAACUCCACCAAGCUUGGUUGUCCACCAAUAGUGGAGAAAAUUCCAGUUCCUUUUCAACUGGUCAGGCUUUGGGGGGUUUAGAAGAUGGAGAAGCAGAAAAGAGGCAAGAACCACCCAGCUCAGAUGAAGAAAUUGAUCUAGACCGCAAAAGGUGAACAAGGAAAAAUCUGCAACAAGAGCAAUUCUUCCACGACUGGAUGUCAUAGGGUCCUUACAGCCUAAAUGAUCAGUGAGGACUACAUAUUUUAUUCAAUUACAUGCUUCAUAAAUUCGUUCAUAUCUGUUCCCUUAAAUUCAAUAUGAUCUUUAUUUCUUCCUGUUAUUCAUAUGCUAGCCUACUAGUGAGGGAGUAAAUAAGGAGGGGAUCUUCAGUGUUUCAAAAAUUGUACACAUUUAUGCUGCUAUGUUGGAUUCGGUUUUUUGGGUCAUAUUUUUGGUAUCCUAAUUACUUACUUACCCCAUAAGCAAAACGCUCACUAACAUCCUCAGUU